CUGCUGCUCAACUCCAAUCACAACCGACUCUUGAACAACAAACUGUUCAACUUCAACAAGCAUUUAAACAACAACAAGCAUUUAACCAAUUCUUACAACAAACUCAGCAAGUGCCAUUAGGAUCUUCUAAUCAAGCUCGUCGUCCACAAAUUAAUCAACAACAAUUACUUCAAUAUCAGCAAUUUGUUCUUGGUGUUGUAUUUUUGGCAGGAUCUUGGCCAAGAAAAAAGUCCAAGAGAGAGUCUAUGAAUGCUCAUUUAAGCACACAACUUUUUGUAUCCACUAGUGCAUCUACCUUGGCUCUUGCUGUUCUUGCACUUGUCACUCCUGCCGCAUUCAAAAUUGCUGCUCCUGUGGGCACGGGCAUUGAAUGUGAUUUACAGAAUAUUACAUCUCCUCGAACUAAUUCUGGCAAAAUCAUCAAAGCUGGCGAGAUUUAUCGAUGUUCAAAUUGCGGUGCAAGGGAAACACCAGCUUGGAGACGAGAUUUACAAGGAGAAGCUUUACUUUGUAAUGCAUUUAAGGGGAGACAGCGUCCUACAGAAGUUGAUACUGAUGGAGAAAUUCGUUUAAUUAAACCGGAAAAGGCAGGGACAGGACCACCAAGUUGUCAAAAUUGUGGCACGCAAGAAACUCCUUGUUGGAGAGGGUCAGAAGGCAGUAAACUUUAUUCCAGGGAUUCUGGUGAAGGUAAAUUGGCUGUUGUGAAAAUAUGUUUGAAGUUGCAAACUAAUCAUAUCAAUGAAAAAAACGAUCAUUCCAAUAUUGGCCAUGAUCCAGAGGACGCUUCACGGGAUAUUCAUAUUCAUACACCAAAUAUACUAAAAAAACCAAAGAUUGUAUCAAAAGACCCUGUGAAAUGGUACAGGAACACACGAGAAAUCUUACUUGCUGUUAAAUCCAAUUUUCUUUUAAUAUUCUUACCUCCUGCUAUCAUAAUGAAAAGAUUUGAUGUAAAUGACAAUAUAUUGCUUUUCUUUAAUUUCUUGGCUAUCAUUCCAUUAUCAAAAAUUAUGACAACCGGCAUUGAUGAUCUUUCAGCCAGAUUUCAUCCUUCAUAUGGUGCAAUUCUUCAUGCGUUUGCCGGAAAUUUUGUCGAAUUGGUGAUUUCAUGCUAUGCAUUAUUGGAUAAACAAUAUUCAAUUGUUCGUUCUUCUGUACUUGGUGCAAUUUUAUGUAACAUAUUAUUGUCCAAGAGAGAGUCUAUGAAUGCUCAUUUAAGCACACAACUUUUUGUAUCCACUAGUGCAUCUACCUUGGCUCUUGCUGUUCUUGCACUUGUCACUCCUGCCGCAUUCAAAAUUGCUGCUCCUGUGGGCACGGGCAUUGAAUGUGAUUUACAGAAUAUUAGUCAUGCUAUUGCUAUCAUUUUAUUAUUUGUCUAUGCUGCUCUUUUAAUAUUUCAAUUGAAAACUCAUGUUACGUCUACCAUUUCUAUGGAUGAAGUUCACUACAGAGAAGCAAAAUAUUUCCUUCUCUUUGACGUUUUCUUGUAA